GCUCUGAUGAAGUUGAGAAAGCGAACGGGUUACAGUUAUGUGAACUGUAGGAAAGCCCUAGUGAAAUUUGGAGCGGACAAUAUUUCUGAGGCGGAGAAAUGGCUGAGAGAACAAGCCAAAAGCGAAGGUUGGGCCAAAGCGGCUAAACUUGGAGGCCGUGCUACGACUCAAGGACUUGUUGCCGUGAAAUCAACAGGUUCAGUAGCUGCUAUUGUCGAAUUAAGCUGUGAAACGGAUUUUCGCGAGGAGAAAGCUUCAAAAAUCUGGUUGGUUGCUGAUACCGCUAUUUCUAUUCUACCUCUUCUGCUUUUGCUUUUACUCAUUGAAGUCUCGGUGCGUCAGUUGAUUUUGAUUAAUUCAUGUCCACCUACCACUCGAGUAGUUUAUACUUUUGUAGACUUCCAAUCACUUGCUGACGUAAAUGGAAAACCUCUAAGCGAAUUAAUUGCAAUGACUGUUGGUAAACUCGGCGAAAACAUAACCAUACGAAGUAUGAGAGCCCUUUACGCACCGCCGAAGUCCUGUCUGUAUUCCGCUAGCCAUCCGAAAGAGGGUAACUCCUCUGUAAGCAUGGGCAAAUUCGCUUCUGUCAUAGCCCUCAAGCGGCCCAACGUCGAAGGACUGUUUCCCACUGAGAAAUUAGCUGCACAACUUUGUCAGCAUGUCAUAGGAAUGCGGUCAGAAACCCUGGGUGAGCCACCGGAGGAGCGCAAACCUGAAGAGAGGAAAGUGGAAGUGGAAGAGAAUCGGGACGAACUGAAUGAUUUUGAGCAGACGCAGACUACGAACAUAGACGAGGACGAAACAGCCCUUUUGCGACAAGCGUUCAUGUUGAAUCCAUCCCAAACUGUCUACGAGUACGUCACGGGCCAUCAGGCAGAAAUUGUGGAUUUCGUUCGCAGUGAGCUGGGAGAAACUGCGGAGUAA